AUGCCCGCCGUGCCAAAUACCCCCCUUCGCGCUAACCCCCCCUUGGGAAUGGCUGGAACAUCGUCCUGUGAUGCUGUGACCCUAGUACCCGUCACCGACCAAUCAUUAGCCGGGGUGCUGGCUCCGCCCACCGACCCAAGCGCAAGAACAAUGGAGGCAAUGGACACACCCCCAAAGUCAAAACCAAUCUACAAACAGGAAUUUGAAUUCGCAGAAACAGGGCAGCGCUUCCGCAUUGGAUAA